UUUUGAACACUGUCAACUGUUAGGCUUAACGCUCCGUAACACAUUGAACGCGGCACGGUCGGAACAAUACCGGCGAUGAAAAUGAGCUACAUUGUUUUUACUGAAACCACAACCAGGCGUCCAGCACUGGGCAGCUCAUCGGAUGUGUCACUGACAGUGAGGCUUUCCCCAGCGAAGCAUCUCUGUUUCAGUGUCUCAGCAUUGUGGAGCAAAAGCUUGAUCAUAUGCAACAAGAACCCUCUAGGAACCCUCUAAAUGGAGAUGCCAUAUUUCAAGAAUAAUUUUUGGGGAGAGAAGAAUGCAGGUUUCGACAUUCUCUACCACAACAUGAAGCAUGGACAGAUCGCCACCAAAGAGUUGGCUGAGUUUGUGCGUGAGAGGGCGGCCAUCGAGGAGACUUACUCGAAAUCCAUGAGCAAACUGGCCAAGAUUGCUAGCAAUGGAAGCCCUCUCGGCACGUUCGCCCCUAUGUGGGACGUGUUUCGCGUGUCCUCGGACAAACUGGCCCUCUGCCACCUGGAGCUCAUGAGGAAGAUGAAUGACCUUAUCCGUGACAUCAACAAGUACAGCGAGGAGCAGGUCAAAAUUCACCGCAAGACGAAAGAGGAAAUGAUCGGGACUUUGGAGUCAGUGCAGUCUCUUCAGGUGCAGAGCACCCACCUGCAGAAGGCCAGAGAAGGCUAUCACAGCAAGUGGAUAGAGCUGGAGAGACUGCGCAAAGAAGGAGUGCCUCAGAAAGAGCUGGAAAAGGCUGAGCUGAAAUCUAAGAAGGCAGCUGGGUCUUUUGCAGGGUCUAUUGAGAAGUUUAACCGUGCUGGAAGAGACUUUGAACAGAAAAUGAGUGAAUCAGCACAGAAAUUUCAGGACAUUGAGGAGGCUCAUUUACGUCGGAUGAAACUACUGAUCAAAGCGUAUUCACACUCCAUUGAAGACACACACGUACAGGUUGGGCAGGUCCAUGAGGAAUUUAAGCAGAACGUGGAGAACAUUGGCAUUGAGAACCUCAUUCAGAAGUUUACAGACCAGAAGGGAACAGGGAAGGAGAGACCGGGUCCAGUAGGGUUCGAGGAAUAUCUGUCCCCACUAGUGUCUGAGAACAGUAAAAAGAGUCGUGCUAAAGCCUUUAGGAUCCCUGGACUGGGAAAGAAAGACAAGGAACCGGAUUCAACAGAUUCAGCUGUGGCAGAUGCGCUUAACUCACCCCUCAAAGUGGACAACGAGGGCUUUGUGAUACGUGCAGAUGUCAACCAGAAUGGUUGUGCUGCUGAGGAGAAGGAGGGAAAUUUUAACUCCAGCGACUCGGAUUUCGAUGAUGAUGAACCCAAGAAGUUUCACAUCCAGAUCCGACCGGUUGCCAGCAGUAACCGUAGUAACUCAGCAGCCAAUGAACUGGAGUUGAAGGCCACAGUGGGGGCGUUGACCCUGCCCCCUAACAGAGCGGUGUCAGUAAAGAAGCAGCUCUCAGGAAACUCCAGUUCAGCAGGUCGAUCUGAAGGGGAAGGGGAAAGUGUUCCCCAGAGAGAUGGAGAACAGGAGGGUCUGCGCAGAUCCACAUCCAGCCCAGAUCACAGCAGGCUGAGUUCCACAGCAUCCGGUUCGGACGCUCUGUUUGGACCUCCUCUGGAGUCGGCCUUUAAAUCCCACAGCUUUGCUGGCAGAGAGCAGCUCCAGAAGGCCUUUGCUGCAUCUGAAUAUGCAGCCUUCUCUUCUGAUUCAUCCUCUCCUGAGAAUGUGGAGGAUUCCGGACUGGAUUCGCCAUCCCAUCAGCCCCUUGGGGCUUCCCCAGAGCCCACCGGUUGGGCAGCCUGGCCAUCCACUCAGUCUCAAUCUAAAGACUCUGUAAACUUGAGCCGAUCCUGUGACCCCUUCCUCACUGCGUUCAGUGACCCCUCACUUGGUCGAUCUCCUCUUCCACAGGAUGACCCCACAAAAGCCUGGCCUUCCAAUCUACGUUCUCCACGGGCCCCACCCGACGUCGAGCCCACCACCUUCAGCUUCCCGGCCUUCUCCCACAGCCUGCCGUCUUCAGAACUGGAGCCCUCUGUGUGGAGCUGUAAACACAUUCCUCCAGAAGACCCCUUCUUGGAUGCUUUUGAACGCUCUGCCCCCAAAGACAACCUGCCUCCACCUGAUGCCUGGGCCCUGCCUCCCCCUCGGCCCACCAGGGACGGCAGGGGCAUGGAAGUGGAAAAAUACAAUCUUGGAAAAUACCAUACAAGUCAUAUAGACCACUUUUAUGUUUCCCAGCAUGGUUUCAGGCAGGACAGCACUGAGCGUCUGGCAUUGGCUCCCCCUCGGUCGGUACGGCCCAAGCGCUCCGCAGGCAGGCUCAGUGGCUGUGAGCGGUCUAGGUCCCUGUGCUCAUCUCCUUUGCCUAAGCCCAGUCCUCCCCUCACCUCUUCAUCCUCCUCCAGCCCCAGCGAAUGGGGGGUGCAGAACCGUGUUCCCAGCCCAGCCCGAGGUUUGUCCCGAGGGCCCAGUCCCAUUUCUCUGAGUACUCAGGAGUCUUGGCCUGUAGCUGCAGCCAUCACGGAGUACAUCAAUGCCUACUUCAAAGGAGGAGAACACAACUGCUGUCUGGUUAAGAUCACCGGUGACCUCACUAUGUCCUUUCCUGCUGGCAUCAUCCGCAUUUUCACCGCCAACCCCAACGCACCAGUAUUAAGCUUCAGAUUGGUGAACAUCUCUCGAGUGGACCACUUCUUACCCAACCAGAAGUUACUCUACAGCGACCCGUCACAGAGUGACCCGGACACCAAGGAUUUCUGGUUCAACAUGCCGGCCUUGACGCUCCACCUGCAGAGAGAGGCAGAGCUGAACCCACAGGCCUCCUAUUACAAUGUGGCUCUGCUAAAAUACCAGGUGUCCUCUCAGGAUCCGGGUCGUGCGCCCCUCCUGUUGUCCGCCGAGUGUCAGCGCAGUGGAACAGUGACCCGUGUGUCUCUAGAUUACCACUGCUGUCCCGCAACCGCCCCCGCCAGCCAGCUGACCUCUGUACAAGUGCUGCUGCCCCUCGAUCACACGGCCACCGACCUGCAGUGCCAGCCGCCCGCAUCCUGGAACGCAGAGGAAAGACGACUCCUAUGGAAAUUGUCCAACCUCUCUCCGACAAAUCACAGCAAAGGGUCUGGCACGUUGUGCGCCAGUUGGCAGUGCCUGGAGGUGCCCCGCAGUCCUCCCCCGAGCCUGGCUGUGCAGUUUGUGGGAUCGGGGGCUUCUCUCGCAGGCCUGGACGUGGAGCUGGUGGGCAGCCGCUACCGCAUGUCCCUGGUGAAGAAGAGGUUUGCCACAGGAAAAUACAUGGCUGGCUGUUCUUUAUGAGCGGUGAUGGUGACUGCUUCACUACCAGAGGCACAAAGUUUGCACUUUUUAACCCCCCCUGGGCUGCCGGAACUGUCCACGUGCUACAGGCCUGAAGAGGAGAGAUCAUGUUGUAUAUACAGUGUGAUGUGUGGGAAACCGCUAAUAAUACCCAUGAUGCAUUGCUCUAGGACAAGUAUGCACUGGAAUUAGGGACCACAACCAGCCUCUACUUUUAUCUGUAUAGAAUUCUUUGUUUGGUGCACAAGCCACACAUUUAUUUCAAGUUUGAAGAACUGGAUGUAUAUUUCUGUUCAUUUUUAGUGCAAAUUUGUGAAUGAAUAAGUAUUAAGAUGUACAAUGGAUAUAAAGUUCUGAUAUUUACAGAAUGUAUGUAUGUUGAGUAUUCAAGAAAGGUUUAAUAUGAAAAAUAAGUCCAUGUGUGUCAAUUAUAACACAGCAAGCAUCGGAGACAAAAGUGGUUUACACAAAUUUAUUACAUUUUUUACCAGUACAAAAUACAGUCGAACUAAGCGGUUGAGGCUAAAUAAAGAUUUUUUAAAAACACAAAAAUAAGGUAUCAAUAUAGUGAGAAGAAUUGCAUUUACCGCCAUAAAAAUAAUCCUUAGCCAGAAGCUUUAAAACAGCAUUAAAAAAAAUAAAAUAAAAAUACACUGAGCAAAUUCCCUUCCCAAAAGCACACAACAGGCAAAGAACCAUGACAGGCGUUAAAGUACAGAGCCUGACACUCACAACCAACCACAGUGAGAAAACAUCUGCCAAUCACUUCUCAGAAACAAACACAAAGCUAGUAGAAAUGAAGUUUAUCUUUGUAAAUAUCAGAGAGGGACAUGUAGGGUGCCCAUUACGGGCCGCUACCAGGCACCAGUAAAGAUCCCAACCUGAAAACGACAUAUCUCCUGAAAAUAUUUCCAGCUUUACGUCAGCCAAGUGGGCACAUCGUUUCCAUUACAAGCGUGAAAACUAAAACAUCAGAUGUACAGCACCAGGUGAUGAGGCGUAUCUGUAAGAAUCUGCAUAUUCUGUUAUAUGUCUAUUUUGGGUUUUCUACAUCUUCUAGAAAAAGCUUUUAGCUAUUAUAUAGCUUUUACUUUUCUUUUUUUUUGUAAUUACAUUUACACAAUAUCUACUUAAAUAUAUAUAGGAAGUUCUUUUAAUCAAUUAAAAAAAAAAAAACUUGUAUGUUCGUUUUUAAUAAAAACGACACGAAAACUAUUCACAUAACCUGUUGAGUGAGUGCACACUCGCUUCCAGUUACUUCAGAAGGCCUCACACACAGGUACGUUCAAUAUAUCAACUAGGCUCUUUUUAGCAACCAAGAACUACAAAACUAGACCAAAACGUUUCACAAACCAGUUUUGAUAGGACCUGCUCUGCUUGGGUUCAUCUAAAACAGAACAAUAUCCAUCAACACAGUAGGCGUAUGUACAUCCCGAAGCUUUCGAACGAGAGCGGGGCGCUUUCAGGGCAACCGUUCAGACCAAACAGAGUCGAAUAAUCUCUUUUAUAGUGAUUUUUAUAAAAUGUAAUAAAAGUUAGACAUUAAUUCAUUAGAACUAAAAACUGUUGAGGUAUAGACUAGGCAUCUCAUAUGGCCGGGGUUUAUCUACAAAACGGCUAGAAUGGAGCGUUCUCCAUCCAUUUCGGCAUUGAAAAGGCUUCGGGGUCAGCAGGUUGCAUCUACGCCUGAGGAACUGCGAAGAAACGGCCGAGGCAGAAAGUCUAAAAAUGUGACCAUCUUUAAAAGGUGCGUUAGACAUCUGAGGUUCUGAGACGAUACAUUCAUUCUGUGGUUAGAGGCACGGCCGAGAGUACGACAGAACAAGAGAAAAUCAAAGAGAAAGACAGUUCUGCUCUAGUGUUUCUUUUCUCGUCUAAGGCACUGAAAGAAGACUAUGGCACAUGA